AUGAGCCUGGAGCUAUCAUUUGCGCGCCCUUACCCGUGCCUGGGCGUGGUGUGCGGCGCGGGCCGCGAGUGCCGCCUGGACGGCGCCGGCUCCGCGGUGUGCCAGUGCCGGCGCCGCUGCCCCAGGAGCCGCGGCCGCGGGCACGCGCGCGCCGUCUGCGGCACGGACGGCCGCCGCUACGCCUCGCACUGCCACCUGCACCGCGCCGCCUGCCUACAGCGCCGCCACGUCGCCGUCGACCACGACACGCCCUGCACAGGGCCCCCCCGGCCGGCGGCGCUCGCCGACAGCAGCGGUCCAGCGGCUGCGGACGCCGAGUCGGAGGCCGCGCCGGCAGACCUGGCCCCGCCCCCGCCGCCGCCGCUGGUGCUGGCGAAGCAAGCAGAGCCGCUGGGAGAGGACGACCAGCAGCUGAACGCCGUGCCUGAGGGGCCGCCACGCGCCGACUGCAGCCAGCAGCAGUACGACGUCAUGAAGGAUAACUUGCUGCUCUACAGCCACGCGAAACUCACAUCGGACGACAACCGCACGCCGGGUAGGGAGUACCUGGUGACGGCCAUGUUCACCCACUACGACAGCAACGGGGACGGCGCGCUGAUGCAAGAAGAGCUGGACAAGGCUGGCCGCUCGGACGAGGCGGGCCUCGACGCAUCGGGCGACAGCGGCGGCUGCCAGCUGGCCCACAUGCUCGCCUUCGACGACGCGGACGGCGACGGCCGGCUCAGCCUCAGCGAGUUCUACGCCGCCUUCAGCAAGCUCUACAGCGUGUCGGUGGUGUCGCUGGACAAGGCGGUGCAGGUGCGGCGGCUGCGCGCGCGCGUCGGCGACAGCGUCGAGGUGCGCUGUGACGUCACCGGCGCUCCGCCGCCACCCAUCGUGUGGCGGCGCCACGGAGCCGACCUGGCGCAGCUGCCCGCCGGCGCCGCAGACGACUUGCGCGUCUUCCCGGACGGCUCCCUGUUCCUGCCGCGAGUCCAGCUGGUGCACGCCGGCAACUACACCUGCCACGCCCAGCGCAACGAGGACGUCGUCCAGACGCACGUCCUCACCGUGCACACUACGCCUCGGGUGAAAGUCACACCCCGAAUCCAGUCGAAACGACCUGGAGAAGAGGCCACCAUGUUCUGCCACGUCAUCGGAGAACCUUUCCCUAAGGUGGAGUGGCUGAAGAACGACGAGCCGCUGCGGCUGACGCAGCGCAAGUACGAGCUGGUGGGCAACGGCACGGAGGUGCGCGUGCGCAGACUCGCCUACGCCGACACGGGCGCCUACUCGUGCAGCGCGCGCAGCGCCGCCGGCGCCGCCACCGACCUCUCCUCGCUCGUCGUCCAGGACGACCCCGCGCCCACAUCACCGAAGGAGGAGCGGCGCUUCUUCGCUUUCCAUGACUUUGGAAUCUCGGUGUACGAGCCGACGGCUUGUCGCCUGUACCAUCACAUAAGGGGCAGCGACAUCAUACCUGGCACACAGCGUCAGUUGGUGUGCGGCAGUAGCGGUACCGCUUGCAGCUGGGGACAGGCCAUCAAUGUGGCCAACCGCUACGUGUACGUGGCGCAGCCCCGCAACGACCGCGUGCUCGUCAUCAGCAAGAUCCAGAUGGUCGUCGUCGACGUGGUGACGACGGACAAGAUGCCGGUGGAGCUGCACUACGUGCCGCACCUGGACCAAGUGUGGGUGCUCAACUGGCGGUCGGAGCGCGACCGCGGUGUCAAGACGGUGCAGGUGAUCCGCGACGCCGCGCAGAAGCGCAAGCACCACACCGUCCAUCCGGAGCCCAUAGACGGACAGUUCGACCUCGUCAGCGGACUCUUCAUUCCUCCUAUACAGGACGUGGAGCACGAGUUCCGACACGGCUACGUGUCGCACGCGGGGCGCCGCGGCCUGCUCAAGCUGGAGCUGGCCUCGCUGCGAUACCUGCGCGCCGUCGACCUCUCCGAGCGCUCCUGCCUGCCGCGCCACCUGCAGUUCUCCUCGCUCUUCGGGCUGGUGGUGGUGGAGUGCGAGGAGCCGGCGACGGGCCAGCCGGCGGGCCAGCUGGUGCUGGACGCCGUGACGGACGCCGUCGUGUCGCAGCGGCCCUCGCUGCUGGGCCGGCCGCACCUCAGCCCAGACAGCCGCACCCUCGUCACGCUGCACCGCGCCAGAGACGGCGUCACGCUCGUCGUCCAGCGCGUCGCGGACGGUGACCUGAGGUUCUCGUUCGACGUAAAGACGACGCUGAACAUCAGUGACGUGGCCUUCUACCCGUCACGCACGACGCACGGCUACGACCUGUACGCGAGUGCGUCAGACAAGGAGGACGUCCUCUUCCUGGACCUGUCCUCAGGCAAGGUGGAGGUGAUAACGGGCGUCGGGGCGGCGAUGCCGGCGCAGCUGGCGGAGUGGGGGGCGCCCAACCGGCCGAUCGCGGCGCCCGGCGUCUUCGGCCGCUACCUGGCCACCGCCGCCGCCGACGCGCUCUUCGUGCUCAACGGCGCGACGCGCACCGUCAACUGCGAGGUCAGCCGCGUGGCGCUGCCGCGUGCGCUCGCCUGGGUCUCCAUGCGGCUGCAGUGA